AUGGCCUGUGACAUUGUCUCUCUGGAGAUCCGUGUUCUCCAAGCCCACAUCUCAGACACCUCGGUCAUUGUCAAGAUGGACAACAGCCGGGACCUGAACAUGGACUGCGUUAUCGCCGAGAUCAAGGCUCAGUACGAUGACAUCGCCACCCGCAGUCGUGCCGAAGCUGAGUACGAGGAGGAAGUUUCUCUGAGAGCAACAGCUGAGAAUGAGUUUGUGGCUCUGAAGAAGGAGGUGGACUGCGCCUACCUACGCAAGUCUGACCAGGAGGCCAACGUGGAGGCUCUGAUCGAGGAGAUUGACUUCCUGAGGCGUCUAUAUGAGGAGCUGCGCCGCACCAAGGAGGAGAUCAAUGAGCUGAACCGCAUGAUCCAGAGGUUGACGGCUGAGGUGGAGAACGCCAAGUGCCAGAACUCCAAGCUGGAGGCUGCUGUGACUGAGUCGGAGCAGCAGGGUGAGUCGGCCCUCAGCGACGCCCGCUGCAAGCUGGCUGAACUGGAAGGUGCCCUGCAGAAGGCCAAGCAGGACAUGGCCUGCCUGCUCAAGGAGUACCAGGAGGUGAUGAACUCCAAGCUGGGCCUGGACAUCGAGAUCGCCACCUACAGACGCCUGCUGGAGGGCGAAGAGCAGAGGCUGUGUGAGGGUCUUGGCUCCGUGAAUGUCUGCGUCAGCAGCUCCCGCGGUGGCGUCGUCUGUGGAGAUCUCUGCGCCUCCGGUGCUGCCCCUGCUGUGUCCACCACAGUCUGCAGCGCCCCCUGCAGCGGCAACGUGGUGGUGGGCACCAACGCCUGCGGCGGCGGCUGCAAGAGGUGCUAG